CUCCUAGCUCUGGAAAAAUUACAUAGAUCAUCUAGAAAAGCACUAGAAGCAUGGAGGAGGACUAGAGAACAGAACAAUGCCAGGAUCAUGGUUUAAGCUGCCCUUAGCAAGACCAUCUGCAGUGUCAUCAAUGCCCUCAAUGGCCGCCGGAGCUCCGGGAGGAUGACUCAUGCUAGUGGAGCAACAAUUGCGUUGAGUAUGCUAUUAGUUGGUGAGUUGGAGAUUUUGGGCAUGACAGAAUAGAAGUACCAAAAUAGCCUUCACAGUCUAUAUGGAUUGUCAAACUAUAAACAAAAGAAAACCGUUGCGGCGUCAAAAGAAGGGGGAACAGGGGAUGAAAAUGUCGGCAUUAUUGUCUAGUCAGACCAGUUAAUCGUCCAUCUCGACGGACGCCGGCCAAGGCAGACCGUCGUCGUCUCAGGUCGAGCUCAACCAAUAAUAGUAUGACACAUGUUAUGAACAGAGCCAGAUUACCACUCUUGAGUUUUGGUCAAGCUCUCCGUACUCCCAGACUUGCAUACCACUCCAUGACCCAGAAAGCCUCACCCAGAAUCACAAUGCCGGACAGAGACUACAGUGCCAGCUCCGACGUGGCCAAGUCCAACUGGCUGAUCACGAAGCUCAGCAGAGACGCCAAAGUUGGAGAAGCCCGCCAAGUGUUCGACCAAAUGCCUGAGAGAGACGUGGUGACGUGGACGACGGUGAUCACGGCGUACAUCAAGUGCGGGAUGGUGGAGGAGGCCAGGAGGCUGUUUGAUAGACCCGAUGCUGAGAAGAAUGUCAUCACUUGGACUGCCUUGGUUGGCGGGUAUAUAAGGCUGAGGCGGAUUGAGGAGGCUGAGUGGUUGUUCUAUCAAAUGCCGGUGAGGAAUGUGGUUUCUUGGAACACUAUGAUUGAUGGGUACGCGAGGAGCGGGCAGGUUGAUCAGGCGUUGGAGUUGUUUGAGAGGAUGCCGGAGAGGAAUGUGGUUUCUUGGAACACGGUUUUGACGGCUCUGGCACAAUGCGGGAGGAUUGAGGAGGCCAGGAGGCUGUUUGGUUUGAUGCCGGAAAGGGAUGUUAUUUCGUGGACCGCAAUGGUUGCGGGGUUUUCAAGAAAUGGCAGGAUCGAUGAAGCUAGAGAAGUUUUUGAUAGGAUGCCGAGAAGGAAUGUGGUCUCGUGGAAUGCAAUGAUCACGGGUUAUGCUCAGAAUGGGAGGCUGGAGGAGGCUCUUGAACUUUUUGAGAGGAUGCCGGAGAGGGACAUGCCUUCGUGGAAUACGAUGGUUACUGGCUUUAUUCAGAAUGGGGAUUUAAAGCGGGCGUGGGACUUGUUUAUUCAAAUGCCACAGAAGAAUGUCAUAUCAUGGACUACAAUGAUCACUGGGUAUGUACAAGAUGGGAGAAAUGAAGAUGCAUUGAUGAUCUUUUCGAAAAUGGUGGCUGAUAAUGGGGUGAGACCUAAUCAGGGAACUUUUGUCAGUAUCUUGAGUGCUUGUAGUAACUUAGCUGGUCUUUGUGAGGGACGUCAAAUACAUCAGAUGAUAACUAAAACAGUUUAUCAGGAAUGUGUACAUUUGGUGUCUGCACUCAUAAACAUGUAUUCAAAAUGUGGUGAGUUAGUCUCUGCUAGGAAGAUGUUUGAAGAUGGAUCGACAAUCCAUAGGGAUUUUAUCUCCUGGAAUGGAAUGAUUGCAGCCUAUGCACAUCAUGGAUGUGGUAUUGAGGCAAUUAACUUGUAUAAUGAAAUGCGGCAAUUGGGGUGCAAACCUGAUGAUGUUACUUAUGUGGGGCUUCUUUCUGCAUGCAGCCAUGCUGGUUUGGUGGAGGAGGGACUAAAUCUUUUUGAUGAGCUUCUUAGAGAUGGGUCAAUACAAGUGAGGGAAGAUCACUACACUUGCUUAGUUGAUCUUUGUGGUCGAGCAGGGAGGCUGAAGGAGGCUGUUGAUAUCCUCGAGAAGCUUGGGACCAACCCAUCAGCAUCUAAUUGGGGGGCUCUUCUUGCUGGAUGUAUCGAUCAUCGUAACAUGGAUACUGGGAAGCUAGCUGCAGAGAAGCUUUUAAAUGAGGGGCCAGAUGAUGCAGGAAGUUACUCGUUGUUGUGGAACUUUUAUGCUAGAUCUGGUAAUUGGAGAGAAGCUGCAAAGAUGAGGAUUAAAAUUAAAGAGAAGGGGUUGAAAAAGCAGCCUGGUUGCAGUUGGAUAGAAGUCGGAAAUAUGGUGCAUGUGUUUGUGGUCAGUGACAAGUCUCAUUGCCAAUCGCAACUUAUAUAUUCUGCACUUAACGAUUUACAUAAACAAAUGAAGAAGAUUGGCUACAUACCAAACAAUGAUUUGAAUGUAGAUGAAGAUUUUUCAGUUACAUAAAUUCUUACUUUGGAUAUCUUCAAACUUCAAUAGGAAGAAUUAAAGUGACAUGUGGACUCCACAAGAUCUGACAGUAGAGGAGUACAUUGGGGGCACCUGAGUUUUUGGGAGAUUGGCACUCCAUUAAGAGCAAAAAGCUUAUGGAAAAAGUAUGGACUGGAAGCAGUACUUGUAAGGCUUGUUUGUCUGGCAAGCUAAAGCAUGGGGUUGGACUGUUUCAAACAAAUCUAAGUGAUGUCAUUAAAUUGUUGCGAUUAAAAGGUUACAACAACUGAUGUUAUCUGCAGCAGGAUUAAACUAGAUUCUCUUCUCACCCUCCAGUAAUCUCAUUACAGCAACAAGACCAUCUCAUCUAUCUUCAGGGAAAGCUAAUAUGGGGAUAUUUGUGUGGUUGAAGUAAAGAAAGUGGAGGUUUGCCAUUGGAGAGGAGGCUACACCUGCAUUGCAACUCUAGACUUAUGUUCCACUGAGAGGCAUGUCACAAUUUUGCAACUAUUAUAGUUUUGUGAACUACAAAACAUAACUUCUAGCGUUUGGAAUUACAAAGAUUGAUCAACAUCAGUCCUUAAAAAGGAUCUUGACAACAUUGGGUGUCUGGUUCUCCAUAUGGCCGUCUGUAUCUUCGGAAUUAGGGACAGAGACUGCGCCAAUUUUCUUCAGUAUAUUGCUUCGUGUGACCACCAAACGAAGAGUAAGAAUUUCUUGCAAUUGAGGAGAUUGAUUUGAUUGAUCGAGCACAGAAAAGAAAGAUAUCAUUAGAUUUUGGCUUUUUGACUGCUUGGUGCCUGGACUGCGAUAUACUAGACAAUAGUGACAAUACCAUCUUCGACUUUUUGCUUUUGUUGGACUGGGAUAUCUUGACCCAGCUUUUCGGGAAAUUGAAAGGGGAAUUCCGUAUUUAACUAUUUAUUAAGGAAAAUAAAUAAAUGGGUGGAGAACUAUUGUAAUCUGCUACUUUCUGGCUCAUGCAAAUUCAUGAUACAUGUAACAAUAUCAAUAAAACUCUUGGUAUGUAUGGGGCAUUAAUUGACCUUUUUGUGUGUUCUUGAUAUCUAUACCUAUGAUAUACAGAGACGUGUU